AUGGAAGCCUCUCCGCUUGAGUGUUUUGUGACUCAGACGCAGGGCAUCAUGUCGCUUGUGGAUUCCGAAGCUGCCUUCACCCAGCGAUGCCAGGAGGUGAAUGCGGGAACCAUUCACACGGCUUUGCGUGACAAUGGUGUCACGACCUUUGCUAGUCUGGCUUAUGCAUGCGGCACCCCUCAGGAUCGCCCUACGCAGACCGAGCUGGAUGCUUUCAGUACUAGGAUUCUCGGAGCUGCGCCUCGCUUGGGCGACGUCUCGCUCUUGAAGCGACUCAUCUUCGAAUCAUGCACCUUUGUGAUCGCACAGUUGCGCCAGAAUGUUCAAGGCGAUGCUUCUGAGACCCCUAAGAAACUCCCCCUCGCUGAAAAAGCGGCCAGAGCGGCCGAUCAGAAACGCCGCUUGGCGGGGGUCCACAUAGAGAGGGACUCCGUUCCAUCUUAUGCCUUGGUGGAUUUGUGCUUCCAUAUGCUCGAGGUCGGGGUGACAUGGAUCAGCCCAGGCCGCUGCACGAGUCGCGAAAGCGAGAUCCAACUCUCGACCCGCGAUCAAACCAAGGUGUUUAAGCUGGAGGAUAACAGCUUGAAAGUCGGAAACGAGGGCCCAGAUGAUGUGGCCUGCUUCGACUCUCCCAUACGACUACAGUGGUGUCUUCAAAGGAGAGGCCUUGCACUUGAUCAAGCUAGACUUAUGUCUUGGCAACAACAUGAGAGGUGGGUGCAUUGCCUCCUCCACGCACUUACGCGUGAGUGCCCUUCGGGGUUCCACAAGCCGGAUAUGAACCGCAUUGUGCAAGCCGACCGGGAGGCAUGGCUCAUUCUUGCAUCGGAGGUGCCGAGUCUCAAGGUCACAGCCGCUGGCGAGUUUCCGCUUGGUGUUGCACUCGAGGCCCUCCGCACUGACCCACGAAUCACCAUGUAUCUUAUGCCUACUUGGGGCCGGCAGCCUGACGUCAAGAUGCCUUUGGAUGUCCCGUCCCCACCAAAGGACGGCGAGGGUCUGUCUCGCUCGGCAAAACGUCGGAGGCGCUUGAAGGCGGCGGCGGCACGGAAUGCCACGCCGCCUGGAAAGCCGACUUCGACCCCCAAAGGGGCACGUGCCAUGCCUGCCGAGUUGAAGGGCACGCACCAGAAAACCGAGGAUGGCAAGCUCAUUUGUUGGGAUCACAACUGCGGCGGCUGCAAGCUCAAGACUGACGGUGAUCCCCCAGCGUGCCAGCAUGGUGUUCAUGUUGAGGCUGGACGGAUCACUGGCCAGGAUGACGACGGGCUGGGAUACACUUUUUCUCCGGUGCCGGUGACAGCACAGGACCUUUCUUCUGCCGAAUCGCUGGCAGCCCAGUGCCUGAAUCUUGGCUUUGCAAGUUUUGCACAACUUCGUGAGCUCAGUGCUCGCCUACCGGCGGACUCUGUGGGAGCACCUUCAGGCCAACCUGUUGCUCCUGCGGAUCCCAAAUCUUUUACUUCUGGAGCCUACGUGCACCACGACAAGAACGGGCUUCGAUCCAAUUGCUUUGCAUUUCCUUUUUCCACACAACUGCUUGCACGCAUAUUGUCGGCCGAGUUUCCUGAUGCCUGUUUUUCUUCGGUGGGCCUAUUCUUCAACUUGAGGGCGUUUGGGUGGAAGGUCGCGGGCAGCAUCCGUGUCCUGACCUCUCCGCCAAACGCCUUGGUUACCUGCUUGAUGUGGCUUCUGGCCCGCAACGGCUGCCCUCAGAGCGUCUCCACACUACAUGCCCUGGACAGGGGUCACUUCAACGACUUCUUCGCCCUCUUUGUCUACCUCUACGAAGCUGCCGCCAAAGCAACGUCGUCUAACUCUACGACGCCAACCACACCGGCCGAUCACCAUGCUGAUGCAUUGGCUGAGAAGAUCUUCCCGAACAACCUGGCUCCACUUGUUAUCGAAAUCUUUGCUGGCACCGCCCGCCUCAGCACUGUUGCUGGGCGCAUGGGCUUUCGUACUUUGGCGGUGGACCGCUCCUCGCAGAGAACCAACUUCUCUAUACAACGACUGGACCUUACGUUGGAUGCCGACGUGCAGACGCUGCUUGACAUCAUCAACUUGGAGGCUGACAACAUUGCUUGGAUCCAUUUGGCACCUCCUUGUGGUACAGCCUCGGCGGCACGGUCCAGGCCUUUGCAUAAGGCUGAGCACUACGGCUGCCCUGUGCCUCAACCACUACGCAGUGUCACGGAGCCGCAGGGCCUCUCCACACUGACCGGUGCCGACCGCGAUCGUGUACUCGCUGCCAACAAGUUGUAUCGAGCUGUCGGCUGCAUCGUUGACCUCGCCCUGCAGCUGGGUCUUUUCGCAACCGUCGAGAACCCUCUCAACAGCUUGGCUUGGCUAUGUGACGGCCUCGACCACCUUUGUCGCCGUAAAGAUAGCUACCAACUCAUCUUUGAUGCUUGCAUGCAUGGCGGGGAUCGCGACAAAACUACCUUAUUCUGGUGCUCCGACCCACGCUUUCAGUCGCUGGCACUACGUUGUUCCCGUGACCACAAACAUGCAUCCUGGAAGCCUCGCUUUGUGGAUGGGCAUUGGCAAUUCCCUACUGCUGAGGAGGCGGCAUACCCUUGGCUUCUUUGCGAACGGAUGCUUUACAUUCUGGCUGAGAGUUUUCCUGCGUUGGCUUCCACUUCACAGCAACCGCGAGCCUGUGAGCAAGUCGCACUGCAGCGACAGCCAAAAUAUGCUCGACCUCUGGUUUCAUGCUACCAAUCACACGACUGCUGGGCUGUACCUGUACGCUCCGCGGAUGCUGCGGCACCUCUUUUGAAGUGCUACCCCAAAGGUGCUCGUGUGACACAACGCAAACUGGUGCCAUGGGGAGCAGUCCGGGUUUGCGCUGCCUCGAAAUAUCCUGGCUUUGACAGACAUAGUUCUGCAGAGUUGCUGGGAGGGACGGCCAAGAUCUCUCAACCUGACACUUCCGAUUUCUCUUUGCUUGCAAGCGAGGAUAAAAACGACGUGUACGAGGUGGUGGGAAUGGUGUGCGAUGACAACCCUUGUGCGACCCAGGCAGAAAUUCUUACUAUUGGAAUUCCACGUGAACCAGAGGACUUUGUGAAGGCUGCGGUCCGAGCGGGGCACCCUCGCAAUGCAAUACUGGUCAAUCGCCAAGGUCCUGCAAAGGAAAUCGCUGCCAACGUAGUUAUGCCAGCAGAGGAGCGCAAGAAAAGGGCCGAAGAGGCUCGGGAUGCGUGGAAGAAAAUUUCCAAGGAGUCGGCUGACACCAACGACGCGCUUAUGAAACAAAAGCCCGCGUACUUGGCGAAGGCGCUGGCUGGCAAGAACGUCAUUGCUUGGAAGCGCAUUCUGAGCGAAAUGGUUUCCCUGACAACACAAUCGUCUUACCGAUCUCCCAUGACUAUGAGCCGGAUAACAAACACGAAGCCGGACGAGACGUCUAGGAAGGCGUGGGCUGAAACCCAAGAGGAGGAGCGCAAGGGCUGGAUCUUCGAGGACACCGUCCCUGACUUCAGCAACAUCAUUCUGGCGCACCGCUUCGGACUUGAGCAGAAAAACAAAGUACGGGUGAUUGACAACGGCAAGGACUGUGGCUUGAACAUGGCUUGCGGGCUGCCAGAGAAGUUCACCCUGCACGGGGUCGACGUUCUGGCGGCUGUCUUCCUUGAGUUGUUGAAUAUGCCACGUGACCGCUUGUUCAAAUUGGUUGGGAAAACAAUAGAUCUCGUCUCAGCCUAUAAGUUCUACCCAGUACAUCCUCUUGACAGACAACACUUGAGGAUUGGUGUGUUCGACACGGACAGCAAGAGAGCGCGGAUCUAUGGGACUAAUGUCCUACCUUUCGGUGCCACCGGAAGUGUGGCUGGUUUCCUUAGGGUGUCAGCCGCCGUCUGGCACACUGGCGUCCGGGACAUGGGCUUGGGCUGGUGCGCCUACUUCGAUGAUUUUCCAUUGCUAUCUUGUGAUGGAAUGGAAGAACAGAUCGAAGAAUUCGCCGACGAGGUGUUCGAGGCUCUUGGGAUUCAGUAUGCCAAAGAGGGCAAGAAAGCAACAAAGUUUGAUGCAGUUUUUAAUGCACUUGGCUUGGCCUUCGACCUGUCGGGAUUCGAGAGCGGGGUCAUCUCCAUCACACAUACCAGCGAUCGAAAGAAGGAGUUGAAUGACGUUCUCGCGAACAUCUUGCAGACGGGAAGGCUUAGCCCCAAGGAGGCUGAAGUCCUCCGGGGGCGCAUGCAUUGGUAUUCUUCUUACUUGUUCGGACGGGCACCGUGCGAGGCUAUGCACCAGCUUUCCUUAAGGGCCAGGGGAAUCGAUGGUUCAUCGGAACUGAGUGCUGAUCUGGAAUGGGCGGUGAGGACACUGCUCGAACACGUCAGUACCUCGAGACCCUUGGAGUUGAGGCAGACUUCCGGGAGAGAGCUCUUUAUUUUUACUGAUGGAUCUUAUGAACCUGGCGCUGAGAUUGUGGCCGGCAUCGGAGGAAUCAUUUACGAUGCCUCUGGCGUCCCGUUGGCUUUCUUCAGCUCGGAGAUCCCAAUGUUUGAUUUGGAAGUGCUGGAGGCUGAAUCCGAGCAUCCGAUCUAUGAAGUUGAGCUUUACGCGGUGCUUGUGGCGUUCAUGCUAUGGGCAGACGUGUUGAAGGACACCUUCAGCACCUUUUACCUAGACAACGAAGCUGCACAAUCUGCUUUGAUUGCUGGUCGCUCUGGGACCCGGAACGGGCGGCGGCUCCUGCAGCGAGUAUUGUCUUUGGAACACGACAACUUGGCCAGACCGUGGUCUGGUCGAGUGCCUACUCACUCGAAUCCUGCAGAUCCGCCGAGCCGACAGAUCGUGGACCACUUGAUUAAACAAGGUGCAAGGCGGGACAGCGUCGACUUGGGCAGUCUGUUGCUUGAAAGGCCUCCGGAUACGAGCUGA